ACAAUAACGUACACAACGAGAGUGAAAAUGGAAUUGCAGAAGGGAUUGAAGCUUUUGCUUCAACAAUACAAAGCUUUGUUCAUGAAGAACUUGCUGCUCGCAUGGCGUAACAAGAGGGCUACAUUCCUUCAGUUAUUUUCUUCAAUAUUCUUCAUUUUUUUGCUUUUCAUUGUUCAAAAAGCAAUUAACGCUCAGUUCGGUUCUUCGACUUCCUUCAAGACCGUACGAGAUCCGGAGGCGCUUAUUGAUCCUCCGAUCCCUCCAUGUGAGGAUAAGUAUUACACUAAGCUUCCGUGUUUUGACUUUGUUUGGAGCGGAAGUGACAGUGCCAGGAUUGGAUCAAUUGUUGACCGAAUUAGGGCUAAUAACCCUGGUAGGCCUAUCCCUUCUACCAAGGUCAAACCGUUUCGAACAAAAGGUGAGGUGGAUGCAUGGCUUUUUGCUAAUCCUAUGACCUGUCCUGGAGCUCUUCAUUUUGUUGAGAGAAAUGCUACUGUAAUUAGUUACGGAUUACAAACGAACUCUACACCUAUUGCAAAACGAGGACAUUAUGAAGAUCCAACAUUUAAAUUCGCAAUACCACUCCAAAUUGCUGCUGAACGUGAAAUUGCAAGAUCAUUAAUAGGAGAUCCUAGUUUCAGUUGGAUUGUCAGUUUGAAGGAAUUUGCACAUCCGGUAGUUGAAACAUACUCUUCUGUGGGCACAGCAGGACCAAGUUUUUUCCUGGCAAUUGCCAUGUUUGGUUUUGUGUUACAGAUUAGUUCUUUGAUAGUCGAGAAAGAACUCAGGCUUCGCCAGGCGAUGGCUAUGAUGGGACUUUAUGACACGGCUUAUUGGUUAUCAUGGCUCACAUGGGAGGGAAUCAUCACCCUAUUUUCAUCUCUUUUCAUAGUUCUCUUUGGAAUGAUGUUUCGGUUUGAUUUCUUCUUGAACAACAGCUUUGGAGUUGUGUUUCUUGUGUUCUUUCUCUUCCAAUUAAACAUGAUUGGUUUCGCGUUCAUGUUUUCAUCCUUCAUCAGCAAAUCCACUUCAUCCACAACUGUCGGUUUCUCCGUAUAUAUAGUUGGCUUCCUGACACAGGUGGUUACGAUAUUUGGAUUUCCCUACACUGACAACUUCUCUAACACACAAAGGAUCAUCUGGUCUUUCUUCCCACCUAAUCUUCUUGCUAAAGCCCUUCAGUUGCUUUCUGAUGCUACUUCAACUCCUCAAGACCCUGGUAUCAGGUGGAGCCAUAUUGGGAAAUGUGCACCAAAUGACAUUGACUGUAUAAUAACAGUGAGUGAUAUCUAUAUAUGGCUUGUAUCAACCUUUAUACUGUGGGUUUCCCUUGCAAUCUACUUUGAUAAUAUCUUCCCCAACUCAUCAGGUGUAAGAAAACCAAUGUUCUACUGUCUGAACCCCGGAUACUGGUCAGGGAAAGGUGGAAACAAGGUGGAAGAGGGUCGGAUCUGUAGUUGCAUGUGGUCUGUUCCAACAUUGGGAAACACAUAUCCGGAUGAUGAAGAUGUACUUCAAGAGGAAAACAUUGUGAAGCAGCAACAUAGAGAAGGUUUUGUUGAUCCAAAUCUUGCAGUUCAGAUACAUGGUCUUGAGAAAGUAUAUCCUGGAAGAACUAACAUUGGUUGCUGCAAUUGCAAGAGAAGUGCACCCUACCAUGCACUCAAGGGCUUAUGGAUGAACUUCCCAAAAGAUCAGCUUUUUUGUCUUCUAGGACCCAAUGGAGCUGGAAAAACUACUGCAAUCAAUUGCUUGACAGGAAUCACACCAGUCACCGAAGGAGAUGCUCUCAUAUACGGACAUUCCAUCCGAAGCUCUGUUGGCAUGUCAAAUAUCCAGAAAAUGAUAGGUGUUUGCCCCCAGUUUGAUAUUCUUUGGGAUGCACUGUCUGGUCAAGAACACCUCUAUCUUUUUGCCAGUAUCAAGGGUCUCCCCCCUGCUUCACUUAAGACGGUUGUUCAAAAAUCAUUGGCGGAGGUAAGACUCACAGAGGCAGCCAGAGUAACAUCUCGCAGCUACAGUGGAGGAAUGAAACGCCGCCUCAGUGUUGCAAUAGCUCUAAUCGGUGAACCAAAGUUGGUCUUCUUAGAUGAACCGACUACUGGCAUGGACCCCAUAACUCGAAGACAUGUUUGGGACGUUAUUGAGAAUGCAAAGAAAGGGAGAGCGAUUAUUCUAACAACACAUUCAAUGGAAGAGGCUGAUAUUCUAAGUGAUCGAAUAGGAAUCAUGGCAAAAGGAAGGCUUCGCUGCAUUGGGAAUUCAAUCAGGUUGAAAUCAAGAUUUGGAACUGGUUACAUUGCCCAUAUAAGGUUCUCAGCCACCUCUGCUAAUGUAACUCCUUCUAGAGAAGAUGUCACUGCUUCAGCAUGUCAUGAGGAAGUGAAGCUGUUCUUUAAAGAUCGUUUAGAUGUAGUUCCAAAAGACGAAAACAAGUCAUUCCUGACGUUCGUUAUCCCACAUUACAAGGAGGACCGACUAACUAAAUUCUUCGAGGAACUAGAAAAUAGAGAGGAGGAAUUUGGUAUAUCGGACAUACAACUGAGUCUUGCGACUCUUGAAGAAGUGUUCCUCAACAUCGCAAAACAGGCAGAAUUCGAAAGUGCUGCAGCUGAAGGUAGAUUCACCACAUUGACUUUGACCUCAGGAACCUCUCUUCAAAUACCGGUUGGAGCAAGAUACAUAGGAAUUCCAGAAACUGUUUCAACAGAGAAUCCACAUGGAGUUAUGGUGGAAGUUUAUUGGGGGCAAGACGAUGCGGGUGCACUCUGCAUUUCAGGGCACUCAAAUGAAACAUCGAUACCAUCUCAUGUCCAAUUACCCGAUGCCCUUUCUUCUUCACAUUCACAUACCUCUCGAAGAAACUUUUUGGGCCGAUCUGGGCCGGUCCAUGGAAUUGUUAUUAAUCCUAAUUAAUAAAUUUGGUAAUCCAAUAUCUUGAUUUUUCAUUUAUAUCAGACCAUCAAUCAGCUGAAAUAAUCCAUAGAUGUAGAAGAAAGUCUAUUCAAAGGAGUGGGUGAUGGUCACUGUUAAAUAUUGUAAAUU